UUUUUCGUGUUUUCAGCUGAUAUUUCCUCAAUUUACACGCUUUCACGAUGGGAAAGAAUUCGAAAAAGCAUAAAAAAGAACGAAGCGGCGCGCCGAGCAAAGAUCGCUGAAAAAAAUGAGGAACGCCGUCAAAAUGAGAUAACGUUUGAUAAGUGGGUCGCCAAGAAAAGUACAUUGAAAAAGUAUGGAAAAUGGCGUAAGAAGCAGGAGGCGAAGAAGCUCGAGUCGGCAGAGGAGAAACGAGCCCGGAAAAGACGCGAAACGAAAGGAUGCUGACGCAGAGGACUUCGGUUUUGAAGAAGUGGAAAACCAGGAGCCGGUCGAAGCUCCGAAUAAGCGAGCAACGAAUUCAGCGAAGGAAUUCAACUUGGGUGUAUGCCGACCAGAAGCUGGAAAUCAUCGGGAGCUCAAAGAAAAAUUAAAGAUGAUUGGAGUUGACGAUUUCGAUGAUGUCGAGUACAGAAUAAUGCCGCUUCAGAACUCCUUCUCCGCGAAAAUCGUUAACUUUUCAGUUAAGAGUGCGGAAUCGGCCGGAAAAAUCGCCACCCACAUCAAAUUGGAUGAUUGGAAGAACAUUUUCGCGCCUGCCACAAUGAUCAGUGGUUUUUUUGAGCCUGUCGUCAAGAGCUAUCUCGAGCAAGCUCUCAAGCUCGAAAUGGUGAAAAAGCGGCUGGAUUGAAGGCUCUACGGUGUAUUGCGAGCAGCGGCACCAGGAUUCUACCACCGCCGGCCCGCUCUCUCCUCUUCGACACCACCUGUUAAUAUUUUUAUAAUUUAAUCCGAUUUCUGCCCCUUUUUGUUAUUUUUUUUCAAUUUUAUAAUACUUAAUAUUUCUAUUUCUCCUUUUUCUUUUUUCUAAUUGUAAUGUAAUACCACUUCCCGCCCGAUCUCCUUUCUCUCACCACCGGUUAAUAUUGUUUUGUGAGUACAUUUUGUUUUUUUUUUUUAAUUGAUCCGUUUUAUAUUUUUCAUAAUCAUUCCCUGCUCUUUUUUUUGUAAUCUUUCAAGAUUUUUAAUUUUUUAAAUUUAUAAACUUGUCUUCAGCAUUA